CGUCAGGUCUGCCUGGGUUCAAAUCCCAGUGCGUGUCCUCGGACCAGUGUCCUAACUUUCUGAGCCUCAGUUUCCUCAUCUAUAAAGAGAUUGCGAGUCAGGAAACUUCCCUAUAGGGUUGCUGUGUGGGAUACACGGAUUAGUUCGCAUAAAGUUCUUACAGUAGGCACUGGGACCCUCUAAAGCAUCGUUGUCUAGUAGAACUUUCUGUACUGACUGAAGUGUCCUGUGUCUGUGCUGUCUGAUAUGGUGGCCACUGGCUACAUGUGGCUGUUGAGCACUUGACAUUUGGCUAGUGCAGCCGAGGAACUGAAGGUCUAGCUGUGUUUAAUUUUAAUUAAUUUAAAUUUUUGUAGUUACGUGUGGCUACUGGCUACCGAACUGGAUGGUGCAGCUCUAAAGCUUUAGCUGUUUUUGGUAUAUAUACUAAGUUUCUCUUGUAUUUUGUAAGUUUGGCCGGUCCUCUUAAAAUGCCCCCAGCAACAGCAAUAGCAAUAGCUCUAACACUACUUAUCGGGUCUUUAUUCAGUGCCAACAACUGUCCUAAGCACUUGAUGUGGAUUAACCCCUUGAAUCCUCGCCAUGUGUCUAUGAGAUGUGCCCCUAGCUGUACACUACAACUCUUACUACUACUAUCAUUUAUUGAGUGUGUGCUAUGUGCCAGGCCCCCUGAGAAAUGCUUGACACACAUAUAUGUCAUUUAACUGCAGGAGAAGAGGCUUAGGUAUAAUAAAUUUGGGAAAGGCCACAGGACAGGGUCAGCAAGAUGGGGGGUAGUGUGUGGUUGUGUUUUUGUCUCUACUUGGAUCUGAGCUAGAAAAUCCUGGAGCUGACAAAGAAGGGAUGGACAGAGCAGAAUUCGCCUGCCCUGAAGGCUGCGGCCACUGCCCUGGGGGCACCUGUGUGGUCCUGGGACUGGGGAUCUCACACUGCCUCUUCCAUACGCUGGGUUUUUUUUCUAUUACCCCUUUCUUUUCUCUUCCCCUUCCCCCUCCACCUUUCCUUUUAAAAUUUUGUCAUUUUGGAUAUUAAAAAUGGCCACACACUUUUUGCAGCUCUGGCUAUCAAGAGCUGGACUCUUCUUCCCACUCGUCGUAUCUGGGCUGUCCUGUAGCUUGCGUUGGCUAAUAGAAGGUUGCAGAGGUGAUGCUGUCAGAUUUUGGAGGCUAGACUUUCCGAUUCUGACACCAAUUCCAACAUGUGUGUUUUUUCCCCACACCACCAACCAGUUCUCUGACACCAGCUGGGUGUUGGAGACACUAUCUAUCCGGAGCAGAGCAAGCGCUAAUGGAUACACCUUCCCAGAAUGAUUUCCGUGCUAGCACUCCUACCACCAAUGGGUCAAAACUAUCGAUAAAGCAAGAUUUCCUGCUGAUCUCGCUUCGUCAACCCCAGUCUCUUCUCUAGAGGUUCUGAAUCCAUUUUUCUGUGGAAGCUGACAGGACCCUGGAAGGAGAGGAGAAGGAGAAGCCUGCCUUGGAAGCUCCACCUCCUCGGGAGAUGCAGAGUCUCAGGCCUGAACAGAUGCGGGGGCUGCUGGAGCCUGAGAGGACCAAGACGCUGCUGCCUCGGGAGAGCAGGGCCUGGGAGAAGCGUGCCACCUUCACCACAGACUGGGUGGCUGUAGAGGUUGGGGUCUCCAGCGGUGACAGUGACGAGAAAGACCUGCCUUCUCAAGAGACUGGGCUUCCCCAGGAGUGGAGCUCCGUGGAGGAAGACGAUGAGUCAGAGGACCCCCAGAGCUUUGUGGAGUGGUCGAAAGCUCCACAGCAAACAACUAUCGUCUUGGUCGUGUGUGUCCUUUUUUUGUUCCUGGUUUUAACGGGAAUGCCUAUGAUGUUUCACAUUUAACUGUAAUGGUGGCUCUUGUUUCAAAACAGAUGCCCUGUGUCAUGUUGAGGAAGUGUCCCGGUUAAAAAUCAGGAAUGGGUAUUGGAUUUAUCAAAUGCCUUUUAAACAUCCAUCAAGAUGAUUUUUAUUUUGUAUUUAACCUUUGGUGUGAGGUUUGGCAUUACUGUGUUUCAUGGAACUUAAGACACCAUUGAUUGUAAAACACCAAUUAUUUUAUAUACCACUGAGAAAGAAAAAAAGCUACUUAACUGUAAGAUGCCACCAACUAGAAGAUGCACCCUGAUCUGAACUCAGAGAAGGUGAAAAAAUGUGCAACUUAGGAUCGAUGAAAUCUGGUAGAUUUCUUCAUAUCAAGUCAUCUUUGCAUUCUUAGCAUUGUGGUGCACCAGUCUUUUCAGAUACUGAAAUCUAUUUCUUGAUAUUUUAUGUAGGAUUCUUGCCUCUAUCUUCAUGUGUAAGAUUGGUGCUAUCUUUGUCAAGUUUUGGUAUCAUGGCUAACCUUGCGUCUUAGAAGGACUUGAGUAACUUUUAUCCUUUUCUAUGCUUUUGAAUAGUUUCUGUAGCUUGAGAAGCAUCAAUUCCUUGACAUUUUGAAAGAAUUUACCAGUAAAGUAAUCAGGUCCUAGAGCUAGGGAGGGGAACUUUCAGCUAAUUCUUGAAUGGCUUUCUCAGUUUCUUCCCAUGUUAUCAAUUUAUUAAUAUUUUUUACUUCAUUAAUUUUGAUGAUUUAUAGUGUUAUUUUAUCCUCUAGAAUAUUCUUCAUUCCAUUGACCUUUUCAGAUUAUUAAGUUAAUUAUGCAU